AUGAAGGCCUCCGCCAAGAUCCGGCAGGAACGCCGGGCAACUCCCCUCUUCCGGGCGAAGGUCCCCGUCGCCGUGCUCGGAUUCCCCUUCGUCGCCGCCGCCUCCACCGGAGGAGAUCCCGGCGAUCUAUCCUUCCAGCUCCGCACCGCCUUCUCCGGCGGCCCCUCUCUCCGCUUCACUUUCCUCCCCGACCCUCCUCCAGCAAAGACCCCUUUCUCCAUCACCCUCAGUUCCGGUGUUGGCCUCUGGGGCUCGCCGGAGCAGUCCCCCCUCAUCGUCUCCGCCCACCUCCCACUUUCCUCCUCCGCCGCCGCACCGGCGGCCCUCUCCUUCUCCAUCCAGAUACGCCCAUCUCUCGGGGACUUUUCUCUAAAACGCUCCGCCGGAGGCCCCCUAUCCGCCGCCGCCCAAAACCCUAAUCCCUUCCCCAAGGAAAAUGGUGGCGGCCUCUACAGGCCCAUGCCGGUGGAGACCGACGGUCACCGGCGGCCGGUGGCGGCGGUGGCGGCGGCAGAGUGGGAUCUCAUCGCCGGGACGACUGUGGCCGUGCGGACGACCCUGCCAGUGGCGAGGGGGGCGGCGGUGAGGCUCCGGUGGGCAGUAAGCCUACCGGCGGCGGCGGAGGGAGGGUUUACCUUCUCCGGCCUGCGGCUGCCGUCUCUGGCGGUGGACAAGAUCAGCGUCGAGAGCUCGGUGAAUGGAGAAGGCCAGCCAGCGGCAGCGGCGGCGGCGGCGGAGGAGAAGGGCAUUCCGCUCUGGAUGAAGACGGAUUUGGAGAUUCUGAGGAGAGAGCAUGGAUUAAUCAGGGAGGGCUUGGAGGAGCUGAGAAGGACGGCUCAGGCGGCCGCCGGUGGCCGGAGGAGCCGCUCCAUUGCAUCGGCGAAGGAGUUCUCUACGGCCUAG